CCCAGACGUGGCGCAGGGGCCCAGCGGUUCGCCUCCUUCUUGCGGAUCAUCUUCGGCCCGGUUCCGAUGCACCUCCCGCUUCCUCCACCGCCCCUGCUGCUGCUUCUUGCGGCUCUUGCGGCUGCCGUCACCACCUUCCGGCCCGACUGGAACCGCUUGCACGGCCUGGCCCGAGCCCGGGUAGAGACCUGUGGGGGAUGACAGCUGAAUCGCCUGAAGGAGGUGAAGGCCUUCGUCACCCAGGAUAUCCCUUUAUAUCACAACAUGGUAAUGAAACAUCUCCCAGGGGCAGACCCAGAGCUAGUCCUGCUGGGCCACCGCUACGAAGAACUGGAGCGAAUCCCACUCAGCGAAAUGACCCGCGAGGAGAUUAAUGAGCUUGUGCAGGAGCUCGGCUUCUACCGCAAGGCGGCGCCUGACGAACCUGUUCCCCCAGAGUACCUGCGGGCGCCUGCUAGGCCCGACGAAGGCGCUCCGGCCCGCGCUGACCUUUAAGUCCGGGUAUGCGGGCCCGCUCCCUCCCUCGCCUGAGCCCUGGGGACAGAAUGAAGCGCUCAGCGUCCCGGGAACACCUCCCUCGCUGAGGGCCGACGCCCCGUCCCAGAGCCGGCAGAGAUGGAGUUGGGGGUUCUUGCUAACCCCCUUUCUUCCCUCCCCAGCUCAAUUAAAUCCUCUUCAG